AAUACCCAUUUGCCCUUGUUGGUCAGAGUUUGUUUAGCAGAGCUCAGACGCAAGCUUCGUUUGCCUGCGCACCGGACUGGCUUGUUGUUCCUUUAGUCCGAUCAUUGUGUCUUUGUUUCCAUGUAUAGUAUUAGAUAGCACUUAAGUAGCGCGAGGCACUGUGGGCCUCUGCCAGAGACUAACAUGUUGCAGUUCGCACACCCCAGCCCAGCAAAUGGACAUGGCUUAGGCAGUAGCUAUACAAGUGCGCCAGCAUCACCACUUAUAUGGCAUAGAAUGUGUCCAUGCGGCAUACCGCAGACCCAGCCUCGCGCCGUUCGGACCGCCAAGCGCCUCGGCCCCUCGGCGACCACCGGCGGUGUGGCCCGCGGCCUGGCGUGCAGCUCCGCAACCAGCGGCCCGGCGGCGGCAGUGCUCAGCGGCGGCGGCCCCCGCCUUGCCGCCGCCGCACCUGCUGUCACAGGGGCUGGCGGCGGUCUGCAGCAGGUACUGCCGCUAGCCGCCUGGGCCCGUCAAGCCGCACCAGCGCCCACCGCUGCCGCACCUGCAGCAGCCGGGGCGCGCAGCCAUCUCCUGCAGCCGGGGCGGCGCGCGCAGCAGCAAGUGCUGGCGGCUGCGGGGAGAUACGGCAGUGGCGGCACCAGUGACAGCAGCAGUGACAGCAGCAGCAGCAGGCGUGGCGGCAUCAGCGGCAGCCGCAGUAGCAGUGACGGUGGCGGAAGGGCGGGCAGGGGCAGGGCAGACAGAGGCCGUUGGGCUGGCGGCGGCGGGCGUGGCAGUGGAAGGACGGGCGGUGGCGGCGGUGGUGGCGGCGGCAGGCCGCGGGACCCCUCGGAUGACAUGACCAUGUGUCGGAAUCUGGAGGCCCUGCAAGCAGUCAUUGGUCAGCGGCUGUCGAUGUGGUCAGGGCGGCAAGACGUGAGCACCAUGUCAGUUGCCUUCAACCUGUGUGGCAAGCUGGAGUCAGCAUGCGCCGGCGGGCCGGCCGCCACAGCCGCGGCCCGUGCCGGCAUCAUGGCGGCCCUUGCGUGCGCCUACCUCCCGCUCGUGCCGCGCAUCCGUCAUCCGGCCGACUGCAGCAUUCCGCUGUUGGCGCUAGCGAAGACUGGGGCUGCCAGCGACGGGCGUGUGGAGUCACAGCUGGCGCCGGCGCUGCUGCAGCGGCUGGUGGAUCCAGUAUUGCUGGAGGCGGCGAAGCCGCAAGAGCUGUCGAACGCGCUGUAUGCCCUGGGCAAGCUGCGGGAGCAGCAGCAGCAGCGGGGCUCGGGCUGGGACCCCACCUCAUCGCCGCACCUGAACGCACUGACAGGCGCUGUGGCCUCGCGUCUACGUGCGGCGGAGGGGCACGGCUUUAAGCCGCAGGAGCUUUCCAACAGCUUGUGGGUGUGUGCCAAGCUGGGGUACCGAGACUCAGACCUUCUGCUGCCGUUGGUAGAGGCGGCCGCAGCCCUUGCCCGGGGCAUGAAUGCACAAGAUGUGACCAACAACAUGUGGGCUCUAGAGGCCCUGGGCUGCACCGGACCGGAGUUUCGGGCAGUGCUGGAGACGCUGUGUGGUGCGGCGCUGCGGCAGCUGCGAACACCGAAGGAAGCUGAAGCGUUCAAGCCGCAGGAGCUGUCCAACAUCCUGCUGGCACUGGAGGGGCUGCAGCUGGGAGGCACACAGUCUGAACUGCUGGCGGCUGCUGUGGCUGCAGAGUGCGUGCGGCGGCUGCGAACACUGAAGGAAGCUCAAGCGUUCAAGCCGCAGGGCCUGUCCAACAUCCUGCUGGCGCUGGAGGGGCUGCAGCUGCGAGGCAAGCAGUCCGAGCUGCUGGCGUCAGCAGUAGCAGCUGAGGGGAUGCGGCGGGCCUUUGCCGGCUUCAAACCACAGGACUUCAGCAACGCGGCGUGGGCCCUGGCUAAGAUGGGGUAUGGGGCUGGUUCACCGUCGCAAGCCAUGGAGCAGCGCCAGUGGUACGCGGCCGCGGUCGCAGCAGCUCAGCGGCCCGGGGUCAUGGCCAGCGCCAAGCCGCAGGCGUGGGCCAACCUUCUGUACGCGCUUGCAUUGGUGCGGCACCAGCCGCCACCCGCGCUGCUUGACGCGGGUGCCGCGGCGGCGAUGCAGCGAGGCAGUGCACAGGAAUGUGCAAACACGCUUUGGGCGCUGGCUGUGAUGCAGCUGCGUCACGCCGGCUUGGAGGCGGCGGUGUGCGGCCGGCUGGGUGAGCUGCUGCGGCAAGACCCGGAGUCGCUUGUUGUACAGAACCUUUGCAACAGCCUGUGGGCGCUGGCGGUGCUGGCAGGCGGCGGUGGCCCUGCUAGCCCGGCUAUAGCUGCGCUGGCCCCGGUGCUUGCCCGUGAAGCCGCGCGUCGCCGUGAGGGGUUUCAGAUCGAGGGGCUAUGUCAGCUCUGGCAGGCGCAACAGGAGUUGGGCGGUAAGGUGGCGGAGGCUCUUGCCCGCAGCCCCGACCUGAAUGCCGCGAUGGAGGCGGCGGUAGCUGCCGAACGGGCGACCAAGUCGACCACCAGCAGCACGCAGGAGCAGGUUGCGGAGGCGCUUAAGCGACUGCUGCAGAAGGGUUGCCUGCCCAUCGGUUUCGUGCAGACGGAGGUGGUAGUGGAGGGCGUGCUGGGGCGUGCGGAUAUUGUGGCGGGCUGGAGUGACGGGUGGAGAGUGGCCAUUGAGGUGGACGGGCCGGACCACUUUCUCACCAACCGCAAGGACGACCCGUCCGCGGUAGGCGGUUCCACCGCGCUGCGCAACCGGCAGCUGCGGCGAGCGCUAGGGGCGGGCGGCCUGGUGUGUGUGCCGUACUGGGAGUGGUACGGUUUGAGGACGCCUUCCGCUCAGGAGGCCUACCUGCUGCAGCAGCUGCAGGAUGUGCUAUUUGGCGCGUCGUCAGGAGCAGCAGCAGGGGAGGGCUUCCCCGCCGCCCCUCGCCGGCAGCAGCAGCGGACGACUCAGCCGCAGCCGGACGUUGCCGGCAGCACCACCACCACCACCGCCACCGCCAGCACCAGAAACACCGCUGGCAGCAGCCAGAAGAGGCGCGUCCUCGUUGUCCGCAGGAAGACGCCAAAGCAGGAGGCGCCCGGCGGCGGAGGGGCGGGAGAGGCCUCGGGUGCAACAGCGGCUGCAGCGGCGGGGGCUGAGUUGGCGGCCCCUGCCGGGCAGCGGCAAGCGGAGGAGGCGCAGCGGCUUCCCAGCCUUGGCGCUAGUGGCGGUGCUGGCGAGGGCGGAGGAGACGGAACUCCUCUGGCGCCGCAGCCUCCACCACCGCAGCGGCAGCGCGUGUCAGCGCCCCGGGCGCGCUACAGCAGCAGCCAAAGCCGUAGCCGCAGCAGCCAGGCGGGCUCGCCUUCUCCUGCUCCUCCUCCGGUUGAGGCCCCGCCGCCGGAGCAGGUGCAGGCGGCAGCGCCACCCCGGCGGGCCGCGGGUGGGAAGCGGACUGAGCGGAAAGCGGCGGCGGCUCCGGCAGCAGAUGGCGGUGGCGGUGGUGGCGGCGGCACUGACCCCGGGGCGGUGGUGGUGCCGGCCGCGGUCUCUGAGAAGCAGGUGGCGGUGGUGGCUGAGGAGGAGGGCUCCACGGCAGCAGCUGUAAAGGGUGGUGAUGGUGGUGGCAGUGGCGGGGGCGGGGGCCUGCCUGCGGGCAGCAGGCGGAGGCGGGUGGUGGGGACCGGCAGGCGUGCGGCCUCGUCAAGCCUAGCAGCAGCGAGUGAACAAAUGAGGUUGGAGCAGUAAAUGCGGUUAGUAAUUGCUGCACAAACAUACACACGGCUUGUCAUUUGCGUUCUAUUAUGCCCUGUGUCUUUUCCCAACGCACGUGUGUGUGGAGCACUGAGUGCAAUAUGCUACGGCGCGCCGCGACGGCGGGCUUUGGCUUUGUGUGCCGUGUGUUUGGUGCGGUGCCCAGUACGGUAGGUAUCUGUGGGGACCGUCAGGCAGGUGAGCGGCCGUGAGGCCCAGGGGUGGCCAUACACGGGGUGCAGCGAGGGGCGGGGCAUGAGUGGAGUUGGGGCACACACACCAGCUAGCUACCGUAGUGACACGUGCACACACGGCACGCCAAAGGCACCAAGUUUGCGGCACGCCGCAUGUGUUUGUGUGUAGGUGCGCAGGGCCACCAGGGCUCCUAUCUUAAUGUCUCCAGACAUUAAUCGGCCAUUUUGGCCGUUUCCUAGACAUUCCUCCCGGGGGCAAAUGUCUGGGGCGAGACUUUGUUGGCCCGGGUUUGGGGCGGGUUUUGUCCCAGUUCCUAUGGAGAAGCCCCCAAACCGCCAUGUGCCCAGACAAAAGACGGCGGCCACCGGGCCGUUUUUGUCUGGAGCUAGACAUUACCCCAAAACCAAGAUACGACCCCUGAGGGCCACGGGUCAGCGGUGGCAGUGGCCGGGGCCCAGGGCGCGUGUGUGGCACUGUGUUGGUGGCGGCUGACGUGGCGAGCAGGCGUGACGCUUGGGGACAGGCGGACGAGGGGCUGAGGCAGAGGUGGAAGUGGGGGGUUGCAGCGCGUGUAGCAGGCCAUGGCUGGCCCCGGCUGGCUGCAAAUACGAGGCGCAGCAUGUCUGUGGUGGGGUUCACGCCCAUCGGUAUUCCUCCUAGAUGUUGGAGGCAGCACAGCCAGCCCUGACGCGAACAUUGGGUUCAUGAGCAUUAAGCGACCUCGCCCCUGGCCAUCGGUCCGGGCCCCCCCUUCCAAUGCAAUCCUACCUGCUGCCUCUAAUGGAGUGACUCUGUAAUGGCAAUCGGGUGCAGGCCGGGGGCGGAAGGGGCGGCGCCGACAGCCUGGGGCACCAGCGGGGCCGUGUGGCGUGCGUAUGUCGGCUGGGAGCGAGGUCGCAUGCUGGCGAGCUAAGCCGCGAAAUC